GCCGCCUGUGCUGAGCCCGCGCCUCCGCCGCCUGAGGGGAGCUCGAACCGCCGUCGGAGCGAUGCUGGAGGAGCCGGAGUGCGGGGUGCCUGGCCCCAGGGGAGAGACCACAGCCAUGGACUGCAAGGACAGACCAGCUUUUCCAGUGAAGAGGCUAAUACAAGCCCGCCUGCCAUUCAAGCGCCUGAAUCUCAUCCCCAAGCAGAAAGCCGAGGAUGAGCUAGAUGACAUGAGACGCUCUCAGAACGCAGCUAUGGAAAAAGUCCCCAAUCUGGAACCCUCUUUGGACAACUUGGAGAAUGACUGUCAUGUGAAUUCCGACCUAGACUUCAGACCAAAACUUGUCAAUGGGAAGGGUCCCUUAGAUAACUUUCUGAGAAGUAGAAUCGAAACCAGCAUUGGCCAGAAUGAUGUGGUCAUCAUUGAUUUGACAGAGGACUCAAGUGACCAGCCAGACAGUACUGUGGACCACAAGGAACUACAUCCUGAAGCCUCCUUCUCCAGGGAGACUGUUAACGGGGUCAGGGAAGAAGGUGAAAAUGAGCAGGGGCUAUCAAAGGUAAACGCCAUCCACAACGAGGAGUUGGUGAUUCCUGGAGAGACCCUUUCAGACAUUCCUUGCAGGAUAAAGGAGCAUGGUAGCCUAGGAGACACAGACAGAAAGGGCAGCUCCCAGGAAAGCUCACCACAGAGUUGCCCUGAGCUGACAGAGGGUCUGAGAACAUGCCCCAGCAAGGAGCAGGACAGCUGGAGUGAAGCCGGGGGGAUCCUGUUCAAGGGCAAGGUACCCAUGGUGGUCUUGCAGGACAUCCUGGCUCUGAAGCUUCCUGGAGCCGCAUCUCCUCCCAGGAUGCCCCUGGACAUGAGCAUGACCUCAGAGAGCGGGGUGUUGGAACCCUGCCCUGAAGAUGACUCUAUCCUUAGUCACUCAUCUCUGAGCUCCUCCUCGACUACCAGCUCUCCCGAGGGACCAUCUGCUUCCGAGAAACAGUGUGGUGCCAGGACCAGUCCCUCCCCUUCCACACCCAUCUGCAGAAUUACCAAGAGAUUCGUCAAAGGCUCCACAGAGAAGAACAAGAUGAAACUGCAGAGAGAUAAAGAGCAGCUGAAGGAAGAGAAGGAGAAGUUGAAAGAAGAGGCCCGGCGAGCCAAGGAGGAGGCCAAGAAGAAGAAGGAGGAAGAGAAGGAGCUGAAAGAAAAGGAACGGCGUGAGAAGCGGGAGAAGGAUGAAAAGGAGAAAGCAGAAAAGCAGCGGCUCAAGGAGGAGCGGCGCAAGGAGAGGCAGGAGGCCCUGGAGGCUAAACUUGAGGAGAAGAGGAAAAAGGAGGAGGAGAAACGGUUGCGAGAAGAAGAAAAGCGCAUCAAGGCGGAGAAAGCUGAGAUCACAAGGUUCUUUCAGAAACCAAAGACUCCACAGGCCCCCAAGACCCUGGCUGGCUCCUGUGGGAAGUUUGCCCCCUUUGAAAUUAAAGAGCACAUGGUCCUUGCCCCACGGUGUCGGGCCGCCUUCAACCAAGACCUCUGUGAUCGCCUAGACCAGCUUCUUCGGCAGCAGAGUGGAGACUUCUCCUACUUGAAAGACCUGAAAAGCCGCCAGCCCCUCACAUCAGGGCCCACCAGAACCUGCAGCCACAAUGCAGGCAUGUUUAACAGUGACGUCGUCAUCGUGGAGAGCAGUAAAGGGGAUGGUAUGCCUGAGAGGAGGAAGUUCGGCCGCAUGAAGCUCCUGCAGUUUUCUGAAAAUCACCGACCAGCCUACUGGGGGACAUGGAAUAAGAAGACGGUGGUCAUCCGCCCUCGGGACCCCUGGGCCCAAGACAAGAAACUCCUCGACUAUGAGGUGGACAGUGAUGACGAAUGGGAGGAGGAGGAGCCUGGAGAGUCCCUGUCCCACAGUGAAGGGGAUGAUGAUGAUGAAGUCGGGGAGGAUGAAGAUGAGGAUGACGGCUUUUUUGUCCCCCAUGGGUACCUGUCUGAGGAUGAAGGUGUGACUGAGGAGUGCACUGACCCAGAGAACCACAAGGUGCGCCAGAAACUGAAGGCCAAGGAGUGGGACGAGUUCCUGGCCAAGGGGAAGCGGUUCCGCAUCCUCCAACCCGUGAAGAUUGGCUGUGUGUGGGCAGCCGAAAGCGACAGCUGUGCCAGCGCGGACCUGAAGCUGCUGCAGCAGUUUGCGGCAUGCCUGCUGGAGACAAUGCCCCCUGAGGAGGAGCCAACACCCAAAGCUUCCAAGCGGGAGAAGAGGGACCAGCAGAUCCUGGCCCAGCUGCUCCCACUGCUGCAUGGCAAUGUGAACGGGAGCAAGGUGAUCAUCCGGGAGUUCCAGGAGCACUGCCGCCGUGGCCUGCUGAGCCCUGGCGGCACCCACAGUCCUCCCAGCCCUGCCUCCUCCCACCCGCCAAGCCCCACUGCUGCUGAAGAUGCCACCGCCGUGCCCUCCAAGGCCAGGCUCAAGCGGAUCAUCUCCGAGAACUCAGUGUACGAGAAGAGGCCGGACUUCAGGAUGUGCUGGUACGUCCACCCGCAGGUGCUGAAGAGUUUUGACCAGGAGCACCUGCCUGUGCCCUGCCAGUGGAGCUACGUCACCAUGGUGUCCUCAGCCCCCAGGGAGGACAGUGGCACUGUCCCUGCCGUCUCACUAAAGCGGAAGUCAGCAGGCAGCAUGUGCAUCACGCAGUUCAUGAAGAAGCGCCGGCACGACGGGCAGGUAGGAGCUGGGGACAUGGAUGGCUUCCAGGCGGACACAGAGGAGGAGGAAGAGGAGGAGGACGGUGACUGCAUGAUUGUGGACAUCCCAGAUGUUGACGAGGCCCAGGAGCCAUGUGGAGCCACAUCUGGACCUAAGGGCACAGUGGGGCUGGGCACUGGCGAGAGCCCCCUGCCUGCAAGCCCAGUUGGCGCCUCCUGAGGACCCCAGUGCCCGGUGUGUGUAAAAAGGCUAGGUGCCGCCACCAUGGACCAGAUACUUGAACGUCCUUCCAACUCCUGUGUAAAGAGCACUUUGUCCUGCUUCACAGACCUCCCUGAGCGAGGUCUGGAGAAUUUUAUAGAGGAUGCUUGAUUAGUUCUUGACAUUUGUAAAAAUUUCCCCAAAAAGCUGCAUGUUAAUCUGCCCUUUAAUAAAGCAUUAUUGAAAGGUGGUGGCUUGUAGGGGACACCUGCCCAGGCUUCUCCAUGGACAGCAGGUGCCGGGAUCAAAUGCUUGUAAAUGAAUUGAAGCACAGGCAGGCCAUGGUCAUGAGGCCUAGCGCCUGGACUGACGCGGAACUGUAUAAACUUAACUCUCUAGCCCUGAGCCGUCCGUCUGUCUUCUGUUAGGUGCGCCGUUUCUUUGCUGGGUGUGUCUGUCCCCCUGUGGCCUGGCAUUGGUGUAAAGCUUGGUACUUGAAUCUCUCCCCAGGUUUUGGGGAAGGAGAGCUGGUGUUUCUGCAUGUUUCCAUUUCCCUCCUGUCUCACCGUGGGGAAGGGGUGUGCACGCUCAGCCUGUCCCCAACCAGAACCUCCUGCAGCUGAGCCCCGGCUUGGCCUGAGCUUAGCCGCCAGCACCUCCAGGCUGAUACAUCCUGGGGAGGAGGGCCACAAAGAAGGUUGGAAAGGAGUCCAUGUGAACCUGGAGCUGUAUCCCCAGUCCAGGCUGCAAGGGCCCUGCCAGUGGCCCUGAGGAGUGGAGGAUUGAAUGUUCUCUACGCUGAGCAGAGCCAGAGCUCAGGCUCCUGUCAUCCCCACUCUCAGGUCUCUUUGUCCCCAGGGGACGCUAGUUUACUGGGCAGAGCCCACUCCAUCCCUGCCCCCACCCUGAC